UUUUGUUUCGAUUUUUUAUAUUUUUUAUUUAGAAUUGAAUUUCAAUUUUUCAUUGAUUCAACGUUCGAGGAUUUUUCGAAACCUUAGCUUAACGAGAGAAGAACAAUCUCUCUCUUUCUCUCUUCUAUGAGCUUCACUUCAAUUCCCGCCACUUCUGUGAAAGCAUAGGUUUGUGAAGGAUAUGGCUGAGGUGAAAUCAGAGGAGUAUUGUUUGGAGAAUAAGCAAUCAACUGUUGCUUCUUGCUCCUCUGUGUCUGAAGGUAGUGGCAGUGUGGUUCAUAAGUCUCCUGGGAUAUGUAGCCCGCCGUCGCCCUCGCAUCGGAGGACAACCGGUCCUAUAAGGCGUGCCAAGGGUGGUUGGACAGCAGAGGAGGAUGAGACAUUAAGGAAUGCUGUUGCAGCUUUUAAUGGAAAGCAUUGGAAGAAAAUAGCCGAGUUUUUUCCUGAUAGAUCAGAAGUUCAAUGUCUGCACAGAUGGCAAAAGGUUCUUAAUCCAGAUCUUGUUAAAGGACCGUGGACACAGGAGGAGGAUGAUAAAAUAGUUGAACUGGUGUCAAAAUAUGGGCCUACAAAAUGGUCCUUGAUUGCCAAGUCUUUGCCUGGUCGAAUAGGGAAACAGUGUCGAGAGAGGUGGCACAAUCAUCUUAAUCCUGGAAUAAAGAAGGAUGCUUGGACUUUGGAAGAGGAACUAGCCUUGAUGAAUGCUCAUCAUAUACAUGGGAACAAAUGGGCUGAAAUAGCUAAGGUCCUUCCUGGAAGGACUGAUAAUGCAAUAAAGAACCAUUGGAAUAGUUCUUUGAAGAAGAAGUUGGACUUUUACUUAGCCACAGGAAAACUUCCACCAAUUCCAAAAAACAAUUCAUUAUUUGCUGCCAAAGAAACACUUAGACGCUCUACUACUAAAAUAAUACCUGUUUCAUCUAAUGUAGAAUUAAGUGUAGCGGUCGAAACAUCCUCUGAAACUACAGCCAUUAGUAAGCAUGAUGACAGUGGCAAGAAUCAGUUUGAGUCCUCAGGAACAGCUAGAGAAGUUGGUGAUUCUUCAAGUGUCCCAGGAAAUGAAUCUGCUGAUUCUGACUGUGUAGAAUGCAAGCCUGGACCAUCCAAUGUUGACCUUAGCUGUGGAAACUCUGAACAUAUCUCAAGAGCUAAUUUUGGAACAACUUAUGGGCCAAAUAAUGAGAAUUCCGCACUCAAUGGAAACUUAAUAACUCGGCAUUGUUUAAGCAAUGGUAAAAUGGGCAAUAGCAGUAGCAAGUUAAUCAGGACAUCCACUCAAGAAAAUCAGAAUUUUGGUUCUUUGUGUUACGAACCACCAGUUUUAGCUGGUUCAGUUCCUUUAGAUUCUCUUCAUUUAAGUAUCCUCUGCAUGCAGAAUGAUUACAGUUCUAAGUUGCCACCCAUGGGUUUCAUCACUCCACCUCGUGCGAGUGUUAGUGAAUUAUGUACGGAGACCCCUGAAUCAAUAUUGAGAAAGGCUGCCGAUACUUAUCCAAAUACUCCUUCCAUAUAUAGGCGGAGAAGAACUGGAGUCCAACUACUCACUUCUCCUAGUAAAGUGUUAAAAGUCAAUAUUGAUUCACAUGCUUCUAAUGAACCAGAUAGAACAAAAAACAAUUCUGGUUCUGAAGCUCGGGUGUUGUCCAAGAGUCCCGCAAGCCGUGACAAUAAGAGUGUUAUUCUUGAUAAUAAGGCAUUCAAUGCAUCUCCACCGUACCGAUUAAGAACCAAACGAACAGCAAUUGUCAAAUCUGUGGAGAAGCAACUUGAGUUUGCGUUUGAUAAAGAGAAGAAUGAUGAUUGUCUGCAUGAAAGAAAAUUGGUAGUGACAUAGUGCACACAUCGGGGAUCAUGGCCGGACUUGCCCUUGAAGCUGGCUGAUUAUUUCAUCUCUAAAUUGAUAGACAAAGUUUACCACUUUUUACCAAGUUAAUUCAGAUUGCAGAGUCAAAAUGACUUGAGUGUUGGCGCAUUUGUUUCCAUCACAUAUCAACAUAAUUCAACAACAGUAGGUGUCUACUAUGUGUAGAAUAAGGAUUGAUAAAUUCCAUUUACUUGUUUAUAGAUAUAUUAAUUAUUUUUGUACAGUUACAUGUUAGGAAAAAUAAAUCUUCUUAAAUUUUGAUAAUUGUUAAGAUUUCUUACUGAAUAAUUUACAGCCUUAAACAGA